AUGAAAUUCCUCGCUUUGAUCUCUUUCGCAGUUACAGUCUUAGCACAAGGUGGAAUCAUAGUCUCCAACGAUGAUCUCUCACCAUGUUGCUACGACGGUUGUGCAACUACCGUAUGUGAAGUAUUCGACAAUGUCAAUGUCGAAGGAAGAACUUAUGAUGAACAUUGUGCUUUGUUCGAUAUGCACCAAGGAUAUAAUUUCUUUUUCAUCAAUGACGAUGAAGGGAAUCAUGCCGAGUGCAACUUCACUAUCCCGGACGGGAGCGUAACUACCAAAGUCACCAUUUUCGACGUUUCAACUUGGGAAACCGACGGUCCCGUUUAUGGUGGAUGCGUGUGA